AACAACAACAACAAACUGCAGCUCAGUGCGCUAUGAAAAUUUGUAACUGAAAUACGUGAAAAAUCAACACACGGAACGCAAAAAGCGCCGAGUGCAUCGCAUCGCAGCUUAUUCAAAUUUGGAUUAAGAAAAACUAUUUAAACUGCUUUUCGGUGCAGUUCAAAGGCUCACAAUUCUUUUUAAGCACACUGUAUUGAGCUCAAGAGCUCAACGUUAAAGCAUCUCCAAUGAUGAAUCAGGAUAAUCCGUAUGCGAUGAAUCAGACGUGCAAGGUCUGUGGUGAGCCGGCGGCUGGGUUUCAUUUUGGUGCAUUCACAUGCGAAGGUUGUAAGUCCUUCUUUGGCCGCUCGUACAACAAUUUGUCCUCCAUAUCGGACUGCAAAAAUAACGGCGAAUGCAUCAUCAACAAAAAGAAUCGCACGGCUUGCAAGGCCUGCCGCCUGAAGAAGUGCCUCAUGGUGGGCAUGUCGAAGAGCGGCUCACGCUAUGGCCGACGCUCCAACUGGUUCAAGAUACACUGUCUGCUGCAGGAGCAGCAGCAGCAGGCGGUCGCGGCGAUGGCAGCACACCACAACAGUCAGCAGGCUGGCGCCGGAGGCAAUGCCACCGUUGGAGGCGCAUCCAAUGGCUGUGUCAAGACCAUGGCGGGCGUGUCAGCGCCUUCGGCCGCUGCUGCCGCACUGGGCAUGCUGGGACAUGCGACGGGCGGUUAUCCGGGUCUGUAUGCGACGGGACCACCGCGCAGCAAGGAGGAGCUAAUGAUGCUGGGACUAGAUGGCAGUGGAGAUUAUGGCGGCAUUAAGCAUCCAUCGCUCGUCGCUUCACCCUCGGUCAGCUCACCGGAUUCGCACAACUCGGACAGUUCCGUGGAGGUGAGCAGCGCGCGUGGCAACUCGCUGUUGCAACUUGGUGGCAAGCCAAAUGCUGCGACCGAUGGCAGCCAAACUGGAAGUGGCACAGCGCCGGGGCGACCGCCACAACUGCGCAAGGAUCUGGCGCCGUUUUUGCCAUUACCAUUUCCGGGGCUCGCCUCGAUGCCCGUGAUGCCGCCGCCUGCAUUUUUGCCACCCUCGCAUUUGCUCUUUCCCGGCUAUCAUCCUGCGCUGUAUUCUCAUCAUCAGGGCCUGCUGAAGCCCACGCCCGAGCAGCAGCAGCAAGCGGCAGUGGCCGCUGCUGCAGUGCAGCAUUUGUUCAACUCAAGCAACGCGAGUGGGCAGCGCUUUGGGCCGCAGCUGCAUGCGACGGGGCCAUUUACCGGCCACAAAGAGGAAGCAGCUCUAAGUCCGAACCACAGCAACAGCAACAACAAUAAUUUACUGCCCAAUGGCAGCAGAACGGCGACAAGCUCCGCUGAUGAGCUGACAAAACGUUUCUACUUGGAUGCGGUGCUCAAAUCACAGCAGCACAGUCCACCGCCGUUGGCGACAAAGCUGCCACCGCACAGCAAGCAGGAUUACUCCAUAUCGGCGCUGGUCACGCCCAACUCGGAAAGCGGGCGGGAGCGCUUGAAGAGCAGGCAGAGCAACGGUGAGGCGGAUGAUGAAGAACGCGAAACGGCCACUGGCAGUGAUAAGGCCGUUAAGGAGGAACUACAGCCAGGAGAGGAAGAUCAGGAUGAGGAAGAUUUGGUGGUAUCCAUGACGCCGCCACGAUCGCCAGCCCAGCAGCAGCCGGAGCAAUUAGUGGAUGUCCAUACAGGAGCACAGGAUAAUCCCAUUGACCUGAGCAUGAAAACCACUGGCAGCUCCAGCUCCAGCUGCCGGAGUAGCAGCAGUAUUAAGAGCAGCUGCCAGGAGGUAGCCGAUGUCGAAAUCUACAGUGAUAAUGAGGCAGCAACUGAUAAGGCAACAGCUGAUGAAGUCCUCAAUAUAACAGCAGACGACGAGGAUGAUGAGGAAUCAGCCCUGGCUGAGCUCGAGGAUAACAGCACCACGGAAACGGUUAAGACCAGCAUAGAGCAAACCCACAAGCUACACAAUAACAUAAACAACAACAAUAGUAAUACCAACAACAACAACAACAACAACAAAAGUAACACUAGUGAUAAUGAGGCCAACGAUAGCAUCAAACGCAAAUUGAAUGAGCUGAUGCAGGAAUCAAAUAGCUCGAAACGCUUGCGUCUGAGCUCACCGGAACCACCCAACAUGGCCGUUAAAGUGGCCACCUCAACAGCACUCGAUUUAACCACCAAGGUUUGAGCUUAACCGCAUUGAUUGUUAAACACACUUGAUAGGCGAAAAUCGGUCGUUGGGCCUAACACUAUGCAACAAAAUUUGGUACAGAGAAACAAAUGUUUAUCAUACUUAGUAUACAAUAUCAAUUUAUAUUUCUUUUGAAACAUUCUUUAAACAAUACUUUGGCUUCUAAUAAAAAAAUACUUAUAGAAAUUGGGAAGGAGCUUCAAAAAUCUGAAACAACUUAAGCACAUUUAAGUUUUAGUUUUUUUUUUAUCAUACAGUGUCCCCAAAACCAAAAGUUUAUUUGAAAAAUAUUU